AUGGCGGAAUGUAGCCAAGUUGACAGCAACGACGCGAGCCGUCACCAUACGAUGGAUAAAAGCAUCACUCUCCCUCCAGACGAAAUAUUCCGGAACUUGGAGAACGCCAAGCGCUUCGCCAUAGACAUAGGUGGAUCUCUCACCAAACUCGCGUAUUACUCCACAGUUCAGCACAAAGUGGCCAAAGUCCGCUCCUUCGAGCACUCCGCUAAGGAAGCAGCCGACAAACUUUACGAGAUCUCAGUUCAAGAGGAGGUGACAGCACGCCUGCAUUUCAUCAAGUUUGAGAAUGCCUACAUCGAAACUUGCUUGGACUUCAUCAAAGACCACCUGGUCAACACCGACACCAAAGUCAUCAAGGCCACGGGCGGCGGGGCACAUAAAUUCAAAGAGCUGCUCGAGAAGAAACUGAGACUCAAAGUGGACAAGGAGGACGAGAUGACAUGUCUGAUCAAGGGCUGCAACUUUGUGCUGAGGAACAUCCCCCACGAGGCCUUCGUGUACGCCAAGCACGCCGAUUCAGAGUUCCGCUUCCAGACCACCCAGCCCGAUAUUUUUCCCUACCUGCUCGUCAACAUCGGAUCCGGGGUGUCCAUCGUCAAGGUGGAAUCGGAAGACAAAUUCGAGCGCAUCGGAGGAAGCUCCAUAGGUGGCGGGACGUUCUGGGGUCUUGGGGCCUUACUCACCAAAACAAAGAGGUUUGACGAGCUUCUCCAACUGGCAUCCAAGGGCCAGCACACCAGCGUGGACAUGCUGGUCAAGGACAUUUACGGCGGAUCCUACGGUUCUCUCGGCCUCACGGGCGACCUGAUCGCCAGCAGCUUCGGGAAGUCCGCCACUGCCGACAAAGAGUUCUCCAAAGAGGACAUGGCCAAGAGUUUGCUGCACAUGAUCAGCAACGACAUCGGGCAGCUGGCCUGCCUGUACGCCAAACUCCACAAGCUGUCGCGGGUCUACUUCGGGGGCUUCUUUAUCAGGGGGCAUCCUGUCACAAUGCAUACCAUUACCUACAGCAUCAACUUCUUCACCAAGGGGGAAGUGCAGGCCUUGUUUCUGAGGCACGAAGGCUAUCUGGGGGCCAUUGGAGCUUUUCUCAAAGGCGCGGAGGAAGACAAUCCAAACCAGUACAGCUGGGGUGAGAAUUACGCAGGAAGCUCAGGCUUGAUGAGCAUCUCUCCAGAAAUGAACCCCAUGCAACGCGCACGAAGCGGAACGUUUCCCUUCGACAUGCUAGAAAUGGAUCGCCUGGAGCGGCAGCUAGUCAAUCUUCAUCUGCUCCAGGACCCUUCUUCGUACAUCCCCGACACGGUGGACCUCACCGAGGACGCUCCGGCCCGGGAAUAUUGGCUGGACUGUUUCGAGGAGGCUCUGGAUGGCGUGGUGAAGCGGGCAGUAGCCAGUCAGCCCGACAUUGCCGAAUCGGUGGAGCGGGCCGAGAAAUUUCGUCACAAAUACAGACACAAGCUUCAGACGUUGCGACAUCAACCUUUCGCUUACGGAUCUCUCACAGUCAGAAGUCUUCUAGACACAAGAGAGCACUGUUUAAACGAGUUCAACUUCCCCGACCCGUAUUCCAAGAUCAAACAGAGGGAGAACGACGGGGCGCUCAAGUACUACCAGAAGGUGGUGAUGUGCUUGGAGGCGCUCGACUGGGAGGAAAAACAAUUUGCGUUGGUCCGGGGCGUCCUGGCAGGGAAUGUCUUCGAUUGGGGAGCUAAGGCGGUGUCGGAUGUCCUGGAAUCAGACCCAGAGUUUGGCUUUCAGGAAGCAAAAAUGCAGCUAGAAGAGCGGCCGUGGCUGGUGGAUUCCUACGACCAGUGGCUCCAAAGACUGAAGGGGCGUCCUCACAAGUGUGCCUUGUUUUUCGUAGAUAAUAGCGGCGUAGACAUCAUUCUAGGGGUGAUGCCUUUAGUCAGGGAGCUUCUGUCGAGGGGAACGGAGGUGGUGCUGGCCAGCAACUCUGGUCCGGCUCUAAACGACGUCACAAACGGCGAGCUGCAGAUUCUAACGGAGAGGAUCGCCGCUAUGGAUCCGGUCAUUCAGGCGGGGCUCAAGGACGACAGGCUGACCUUGAUUCAGAGCGGUUCCAGUUCUCCCUGCUUGGAUCUGAGCCGCUUGGACAAAGUUCUGGCUAUGGUCGUGCGCGAGCGUCACACGGACCUGGUGAUCAUCGAGGGAAUGGGGCGAGCCAUCCACACCAACUACUACGCCACGCUCAGCUGCGAGAGCCUCAAGAUGGCCGUCAUCAAGAACUCCUGGCUUGCCGAUCGACUUGGUGGCAAACUUUUCAGCGUGGUUUUCAAGUAUGAGGUGCCACCCGUGGUUCCCCACGCCUACUCCGUGUAA